CUGAGAACACCACCCACAGCGCGCACGGACACCUCCUGCCAUCCAAGCAGGCGUGCCAUCGGGCGUUCCAACCAUGUCGGACACCAGCGACUCCUCCGGGAUGCGCAAGAAGAAAAGCUUCUCCUCCCGCUUCUCCAGCAAGAUGGACAAGAUUUCGAACCCCUUCAAGCGGGGGGACCACUCGGACUCGGACAGCGACGACGACGACGGCAGCGGCAGCGGAGACGGCAAGGGCAAGUCGCUCUUCAGGGGCAAGCUGCACAACCCUUUCAAGAAGGGCCACGGCUCCGACAGCGAGGACGAGAGCAGCAGCAGGUCCCCGGCCAAGGACCGCCGCAAGUCCAGCGGGGAGGCGACCACGCCCAAGCCGAGCAGCGGCGUCGAACCCCACGUGCCCAGCGUGUCCGCGAAGUCCCCCAAGAAAUACGAGCCCCCCACGGAGGAGGACAAGCCGGCGGCGCGGCCAGUGAUCCCGCCGCCUGCGCCGGUCCCAGACUCCGAGCCUCCCGCAGCAGCAGCAGCAACAGUAGCAAUAGCAGCAGCAACAGUAGCAGUAGCAGCAGCAACAGCCGCACCGACUCUCCCGCCUCGGACACCCGCGGAGGCACCGAGGGCGGCGGCGGCUGCGCCGGCCGCCAAGUCGGCGGCGGAAGCCCCCGCAGGCACCGCUGGCGCUACCCUCUCCCCGGAGUCGGCAGACGGUGGCGAUGCUGCUGCUGCUGCUGCUGCUGCUGCUGCUGCUGCUGCUGCUGCUGAGCCGAAGAAGCCGAGGGUGACGGUCGGAGGGCCGGUGUUCGGUGCUCCGGACAUCCUGCUGACGGGGGUCAAGGGGGAGCCGGACGCGGCGAUGAGGACCCUCAGGCAGAGGGGGUUCGUCAUCCACCUGUCCAUGCUGCACGAGGAACAAGUGCCGCCGGCGAUGACGAUGGUGCUGGCCAUGGGCCCCAAGCUGCUGGUCAAGUCUGCCGUCGAGAGGAACCUGGCGACCAAGGCCAGGCAGGAGUACACGUCCGGCGAGGUGGCACAGCUCUGCGCCGACGCCGUGAACGUCAUCAAGCGCUCCGGCCUGGAGUACGAAGAGGCGAGUCGGACGAGCCUUCUGCACGACAAGGAGGCGCUAGAGGGGGUCGCGAGGGCCGCUAACAAGGACGUCCCGGACGCGGUCAACGCGUACUUCGGCCCUUACAUCGGGAUCUAUUUCGCAUGGCUGCGGUUUUACACCAAGGCCCUGCUGAUCCCCACCGUGGGAGGCAUGUUCCUGUUCGUGGACCAGAUGCGGACAGGCUCGCCGGACAGCCAGCUCCUGCCGAUCUUCUGCGUCCUCAUCAUGGUGUGGGUGGCCCUGUUCCUCGACGUCUGGAGGCGGCGCAACAACGAGAUAGCCUUCCGGUGGGGGGUGGACGGGGUGGAGGACGAGGAGCUCAUGCGGGUCCAGGCCGCCAAGAAGGGGAACUUCAAGCCCAGCCCGGCCGGCAAGCUUUGCGUCACCGUGCCCAUCAUUCUGGCUGUUAUGUACGCCGUCAUCCGCGCCAUGCUCUACUGCAUCUGGCUGAGUGACCACGCCGUCGAGGUGUACGGGGAAGAGUCGUACCUUCAGUACUACCCCCUGGUGCUGCACAGCAUCGUGCCCCUGGUGGCGUCGACCCUUUACACCUUCCUCGCCAAGGCGCUCAACAACUUCGAGGAGCACCCCACGCUCGUCAGGAAGAAGAACGCUUUCGUCAUCAAGAUGUUCGUCUUCCAGUUCGUGAACUCGUACUGCAGUCUCCUGUACGUUGGCUUCUGGCUCAGGGACCUCAAGCGGUUGCGGCAGCUGCUCAUGACCAUGAUGAUGGUCAAGCAAUUCAUCGGCCAGCUCGUGGAGAAGUACCAGCCGGUCGUCGCGCUCUGGAUGAAGAACCGCAACCUCAAGAAGAACCCUCCUAAGGACCCUGUGAUGCUGGUGAAGCACACCGGAACGAUUAGCCCGGAGGAACUGUUCGAGGAGACGAAGACGGAGAUGGCUGAUGUGGAGGAGGACUACCUGGAAAUGGUGCUGCAGUUCGGGUAUGUGUCCAUGUUUGCUGUGGUCUUCCCGCUGGCCCCCUUGUUCGCCUACAUGAACAACAUCUGGGAGUUCAAGCUCGAUCUCAGCCAGCUCGUGAAGACGAGACGUCCCAAGACGCACGCCGAGUCCUCCAUCGGGGCCUGGGAGCUGUGCCUGGAGAUGGUCGGAGUCGUGGCGUGCCUCACAAACCUGCUGCUGGCGGUGCUGGUGUCGAAGAACGUAGACAUGUACGUCCCCUCGUCCAUGGCUGAGCAGCUGGGCAGCUUCGAAGCAAAGGUCGUUCUGGUGGUGGCGGGAGAGCACGUGCUGUUCCUGCUCAAAGCGGUAUCCUCGGGUCUGAUAGACAAGGUACCCCGGGUUGUCCGGGAGGCCCAGCUGGUGAUGGCCGUCCAGCAGAGGGAGGAGCGCAAGGAGUUCCGCCGGCGUGCUAGCGGGCUUCCGGAGUCCGAGCGAUCGGCGGGAGGCUUUCCAAUGGCGCCGUCCACCCCGGCCGACAGGCUCAAGGAGCUCAACGCGACGCACGACGUGUGGAAGUUCGGGCCGAAGUGGUACAUGCCGCUCGCUUUCCUGCCGUUCAUUGCCGCCUGGUUCAAGUGGAGCGCCUUCUGGGUGUUACCCAUCGCGUUUGUGUUCGUGAGCUACCUGCAGCACCAGAAGGACCUGUCGGACAAGGCCUUGGCCCUUGGCGUGGUUAAGGACCCCAAGGUAUUGGAGAUGGUGACCGGGUUCUUGCCUCGUUGGUACACCGAUUCGGAGGUGGAGCGGGUGGAGUGGCUGAACAAGAUGCUCGACAAGAUGUGGGUAUCGGCGUCUACGGCCACCCAGGACUUGUUCGCGACGACGAUCCAGCCUAUCCUGGACAGCUACCGCCCGCCGGGGAUCAGCGCCCUCGGCUUCAAGAAGGUCUCGCUCGGCACCAUCCCUCCCAAGGUCGUCGGCAUCCGCGCGUUGGAGAUGAAGGACGACAAGGCCGUGAUCGACAUCGACCUCCGUUGGGCCGGGAACGCGGAGUUCAUGCUGGAGGCGGGCGUCAAGCCCGUCCCGCUCCUCAUCACCCUCAACAAGAUUUGCUUCUCCGGGAGGAUGAGGGUGGAGCUCGCUCCUCUCGUGCCGGUCUUCCCCUGCUUCGGGGCAGUCGGGCUGACGUUCAUGGAGAAGCCAUUCAUCGACUUAAGCUUCAAGCUCGGCAAGCUCAACGUCAUGAGCAUUGGUCCGGGCGACAUGAACGUCGGCGCUUUGGUGAGCGAACAUAUCAAGAACAUCGUGGCCGGCCUCAUGGUUUUCCCCGUCAAGCUGGUGGUCCCCAUCCUCGACAAUCAGGACAUCGUCGGAUUGUCAAACCCAACCCCGACGGGAGUGGUGCAGCUCACGAUCGUGGGGUGCGACAAGCUGCUCGCGGCCGACAUCGGCGGCAAGUCCGAUCCGUACGUAUGCGUGAAGCUGGGCCGUGGCCAGGAGAUGAAGACCGACGUGAAGAGCCGGACCCUCAACCCCCGUUUCGACGAGACCUUCGAUCUACUCGUUUACGAGCGCUCAGUGGAGGUGAUCAACUUCACCGUGUUCGACAGGGAUAACGGACCUGGGGACGAUGACGAACUCGGCGGCUGCGAGCUGCCGCUGUCCGUGCUCAUGGCGGACGUCGAGAGCGCCCACAACAUCCCCCUCUCCAAUACAACAACCGGGAGUCUGCUCCUCAAGGCCAUGUUCGUGCCCCUGUCUAGCGGAAAGACGCGGACGGCCCCCAUCGACGAGGACGUUAUCGUUAACGUGGCCUCCGACGACAUCACGGACGACAUCGUGGCGGCCGACUCCUACAAGAACCUAUCGGCGGACGGCCAGCCGAUCAAGGCCGCCGCCGUGACCCACAAGGCGGGCCCCGCGGUGGACCCCAGCACCCUCACGCCGCACGCCGUUACCCCGUCUGACACGAGCAUGGGCGUCAUCACCGUCAUGGGGAUGGAAGUAACGGGGGUCGAGCCAGGGGAACGGUACGUGUCCGUCAUCUGCGGCAACAUGAAGCGCAAGACUGCCGUCGUGGAGGACAUGGCGGAGUUCGCCUGCCCGGAGGUGUUCAACUUCCUCAUCCGGGGGGCCAAGUCGGCCGUGGUGGAAUUCCUCCUCAAGGAGAGGGAGACGAUCGGCAGCGACAAGUGCCUCGGGUCGUUCAAGAUUUACGUGGCCGAAGUCAUGGCCAACGGCGACAAGCUGGACGGGAAGUGGGAGUUUGGCGGAGAAAAGGCGAAGGGGGCAAUGAAGCUGCGCUUACAGUGGUCCGGCAGAGCCGGCGAGGAUGCCUAAUUAGGUUAAUUCGCUUGGCUGCAGCCCUCGGAACGGCCAACGGCUUGUCUAAAGUUCUUCCUAUACACCCGGCUGACCGGUCUAUCGAAACAGCUUUGGGCAUGUAUUCGGUGGCUGUGGUGAUUGACCCCGCUACAACCUCUCUCUAGUGAGGAAGGAAUUAGGAUGGAUGCAACAACCCAACUUCCACUGCAGAGCAGGCUUGAUGAUGGCCUGCUGCCACGGCCGCAGUCUGUUGUGUAAUAGGUAGUAUAGGUAAAGUAACUACGUGGAAACGGGUGGACGGACCUACCUGUUGGUUGUACCCGAUUCCGUAGAAUAGGAGGGGGGGUUGGUACUUUGUUCUUCCGGUAAUAGUACAGGAGAAGAUUUAAUGUUGUGCCUUUUCUUGUAAGCGGUGCAUUUGAGGUGUGUGCGUGUCAUUUUAUUGUCCGUGGUACGCCUCAGCCGAGAACACGGACCGCGUUUUCGCGAAAUUCCACGUCUGUCUGUGUGAUGCGUACGUAUGUUCAACGAGCUUUCAUGACUGCGCGAAUAUCGUCGCGCUUGAGCUUGCUCUUGUACCAUGCGUUUGCCUACAUAGUUCUAGGGAAGAUGGGGGGUUCCUUUGACGUUCAUGUAUUCUAAUCGGCCCUUUCCUCAGCGUUAUAAAGACGUGAUCGCGCCUCUUGCGGUAGAUUUCUCGCGGGCAAGAGAACGGGUGUAACGAAAUUGCCGCGCUUCAUGGGCAGCUUUUGCUCAUUGCAGCGAUGCUCUUCAUUCUGGUAGUCUGCCAGGUCAUUACCUUGCAUUUUUCCCCUCGCGCUUUUCUUGGUUGAAUGGUUGUGGCCUGCUGCUGUGUAGUAUGCGUUGAAUACCUCAUUCCCCGAAGCAGACCCUGGUUCAUUCAAGCCUUCUGGACUCUAUGCGGGGAUUGUGCGCGCGCAUGUCGUGAGCGGUUGCGGUACUACAGCAGGUUGGCCAUUUUUUCGUGUCUUAUUGCCGGGCGGUGCAGUCUUUUACGGUGCGAAUCCCUGGAAGAUGGAAAUUCAGCAGGGUGGCCGAAGCAAGCAGCCGUUAUGACUGUUGUUCUUCAGGGGGGGGGGGCAAGCACGGCCGUGUUUGUGUGUGUGCCUCGCGCUAGGGCAGCUUUGUGCGAAGGAUUAUUAGAUGUUGCGUGUGGGUGAGCGCGCGUUCGUUGUUCGAGUGACUAGCACGACUUCGGCGCCGUCCUCUCGCCACACCGAUGUUACGGCAUUGCUGAUGGUGUGAUGUGGUGUGAGCCCCCCCAAUCGGCUAUCGUCUCAAAUCUCGCCCCAGCCGCAACUGACUGGUCUAUUGUGUUGUAUUUGCUUCCCGAAGUAUAGGAGUAUGUUUUUUUCGAUCCUUUUGAGUGUUUUGUCUUGAAUUUAUUUCGUCAGAUUGAAUUUGAUUGUGAGCGUGAGGUCUUCUGAAUAAGUAAAUUACCUCUCUCCCUCCCUCCAGUCCUUUCGAAA